UUCUACUUUUCAGUCAUCAUUUCUGGGAAGAGCGUGUAAGCGUAAACAUCAACACUCGAAACCUGUCCUCUGCUGUUAGAGAUAGUGAAAGUAGAACCCACGAGUUCGUUCGUCCUGCUGCCAGUUAUGACUUCACAAAGUCACCAGAUUGGACGAAUUCUUUCGUCUCUCAGCACUAUUUAUACACCUGUUGGGUUCGAAAUUUAUCCUUUCAAAAUAGGCUGGUACAAUGAGCAGGUCGGUGAGCCAUUCCGAUUCGACCUUGACCCGGAUACUCUGGCGUUCGUCAUCAUCAGCACGCCCGACAUGUUUGAUAAGGCACUGGUGCCGUUUAUGUGCCGAGAUGACUGCACUGGAUCCACCGACAUUCUCGACAAAUGCAUGAUGCAUUACUUCAGUCUGACCAAACAGGCCUUUCCCGACGAUGAUGUAGAGACUAUUCAUGACUUUGAGAUGGCGGCCUCACGACGGCCCAAAAUUUUGGUUCAACCUGCGGCUCAUGUUUCCGGUGCGGCCUUCUAUUACACACGCAGAUGUGUAGAUCCUGACCCGUGGGGGGAGAAAAAGAAAAUCUUUGGAGUGAGCAUCCACCCUCAAUACGGUGGCUGGUUUGCCAUCAGGGGAGUGAUAAUCUUUAAGUCGGUUCAGUGUCCCGAGCUGCCGCACAAAGAGCCAGUGGACUGCGUGCCCGAACAGGAGAAAAGAAGAGAGCUCUUGGAGCUGUUCAACUACCACUGGCGUGACUGGCGGUUCCGCGACAUCAUAGAACCCCACAAGAGGUACUCCGAGGAUCAAAGACUCUACUUCGAGACCAUGCCCAAAGACAGAAGUCCCCUUGUUCGGCAGCUCAAAGGAAAAUUUCUCAAGCAAGCCGAGAAUAAAGAAAUCAGCACGGAUUUGGCAGGUGUUGGUGGAGAAUUGGCUACUCAGUGAUGUGUUUUGUCAUUGAUAUCAUCCCCUCUCAGGAAUUUCAUCACUUUUUAUUUGCUUAUAUACAGUGCCUUAGGUUUAAGCAGAAUCUUGCUUAUGCUUGUCAACCUUGUCUCUCAAAAAGUUUGUCAUUGAGUCAGUUUUUGGUACAACAAAUUUUGAUGAACAGUUUAGCACAGAUGUCUCUUACUUGUUUGGCAUGGUUUUGUCUGGUUUUAUUAUGUGAUAUUUUUAGCAACAUAAAACCCACGUCUAUGGUGUAGCGGUUAAGUACUUUCCUGUCGCAUGCAGGAGACCCAAGCUCAAUUCCCCAGUUGGGAGAAAUUAUCUAGUGUAUCAGUCUGUCUGUUGGGAUGUUGUAUCCCUCUCAGCCCAGGUUGGCCCUGACAGGCAGAGUCGAGAG